AAAGAAAGUCAAAGUCACAGAAUUGAAUAAAGAAUUCGCAGGUGUUCAUUUGUUUAUUAGUCACAGACCACGUUUUACUGUUUUCUUUCAUAUUACUUCUACGAUGGUGAACGUUACUGAAUCUGCUGUUGAGAGUAUCGGCAAGGUUCUCAACAAUGCUUCGAGGCCAAUGAAAGAGCGCUUUCGUGCGCUAUUUACUCUCAGAAAUAUUGGCGGCGAGUCGGCGAUAGAGUGCAUAAGCCAGUGCUUUGGGGAUGAAUCAGUUCUGUUAAAACAUGAGCUAGCCUACUGUUUGGGCCAAAUGCAGGAUAAAAGGGCAAUACCGAUUCUGAGGAGCGUAUUGGAGGAUAAAAGUCAAGACCCCAUAGUGCGCCAUGAAGCUGGUGAAGCUCUAGGUGCUAUUGGUGAUCCAAAUCUUCGCGAGCUGCUAGAAAAGUAUCAACAUGACCCAGCGAUUGAAGUAGCAGAGACAUGCCAAAUAGCCCUACAAAGAAUAGAUUGGGUUGCAAAAGAUACCCAGAAAGAGAACCUGUCAAAGAGCUUGUACGCUUCAGUGGAUCCGGCUCCGCCCAGUACCGAGAGUGACAUUCCCAAGUUAAGCCAGACAUUGAUGGAUGAAAAUAAACCUUUAUUUGAAAGAUAUAGGGCUAUGUUUAGCCUUAGAAAUAUUGGAACUGCAGAAAGCAUAAAAGCUUUGGGUGAAGGUUUCAAAGCCAGCAGUGCCCUGUUUCGGCAUGAGGUAGCUUUCGUGCUUGGCCAGAUGCAGGAUGAGCGAAGUGUGCCGUUCCUGGUCAAAACCCUGGAGGACACGAAUGAGCAUGAGAUGGUCCGCCACGAGGCUGCAGAGGCCAUGGGAUCCAUUGCCAGUGAAGAAUGCAUUGAGGUUCUCAAAAGGUAUUUAAACGACCCUCGCCCAGUGGUCCGAGAGAGCUGCGAGGUGGCCCUGGACAUGUCAGAGUACGAGAAUAGCCCCGAGUUCCAGUACGCCAACACGCUGCUCGCCGUCCAGGGGUGAAUCUUGCCCACUGACAGAAAAAAGAAGUCUCUUUUUUAUAUUCUCAGUUAGUCCCCGAUUCACCGGAUUCCUGUUAAGUUUAUGAGCCGGUUCGCACUUGUCUAGAGUCGGGUCCGGAUUUUAAUCGGAUGUUCUGGUGGCAGAACAUUUUAUAUGAAGCUAUUCACAUUUGCCCGACACCGAUUUUGUGUUGGAGCCCACAAGAAAUGACGGCCGUUUUGACAGUCGACAUGACCGGAUAAAAAUCAGGAGUAUUCACACUAGUCGGGUGUCGGAACCGCGCCUCCGCACCCGGCGGUACGAGCCGACCGAACCGUUUGAAAUACGGGCCCGACACCAGACAUGUGAGAAUAAGAGGCGCCAAAUUCCGAUUAAAAUCAGGAUCAGGAUCCUACAUCAGACAUAGUGGUAACGGGCUCUGUGUUUCUUAUACUCGAUUAUGCGUUCUAAAACAAAUCCUACGAAACAGGAAUAUGGUGAAUCAGAAACUAACCCUACUUUCCUUUCUUGCAUAUUUGAGAAGAGAGCAAAGUGACGAUUCGAGUUUCGCGUUAGGCCAAUUAAAUUUUCGUUAACCAAAGUGCAUCCGAUCUAGCGAAUACAUCGCAAUUCCGCUAGCUAUAGCUAAAUUAUGUAAAAAAAAAACUAGGUUUAUGUAAAAAUAAUUGAGGUAACCACAGCUUACCAAAAUAAACCAUGUCUAAUAAUAGCUACUGUGAAUGCAAUGAACAACCAAGUUUACCUAAUGCUGUAGAUUGUGUCAUUUGCGAGGACGCGUACCUUGGGUCGUAUUGUCAUGACAAUAAACGCUCGUUAUUGUGAAUGGCACCAUCUAUAAUAUGAUUGCGAGAGAGAUUACGAGGAGAUUGGAAACGAACACUGGAAAUCGUAAGCGAUAAAGUUUAUUCAAAUUUUAAUUUAUGUUGAAGUGAUUUUUAAUAACUUACCCAUAUGACUUUCUUGCAACCGGCUGGUCAACUCUUUUUAUACAAUACUUGCAUUUAGAAAAUGUGACACCAGUGGUUUGGUCGCUUAGUUAAUUUAUUUCUUCUUUAUUGAAAGUAGGUAAUACUAUAUUUAUUAUUUUAUAUAAUUUAAAUAUAGUUAUUCAUAUUUACCAUUCAUUCACUUACCUGGGGCCCAUUUCUCGACGCUACAAGUUACAAUUUACAAGUGGUUGUCAAUGUCUACUAUGACAAGUUGAAAACAGACUUCUUCUUGUAACUUGUAACUUUCAGUUUCAAGCGGAAACUUUCAGUUUGGACUUUCGAUUGAUCCAUGGAACAUGGCGGAUCGUUCUCCAAAUAUGUAUUUUUUAUUUUUGCAUUCUGCUGUUUAAUGUAUAAGUUUGAUAGGAUAUUAUGCAGUAAAUGGCCUACGCAAAGGGUGCAGUUGAUGAAGAAUUCGUUUGGCGAUGCGAAUAUCCAAUUCUACGGACAUCGGCAGUUCGUUGUCCCGGCCGCCAUCAUGCUUUGUACUGCUGCUCCAGCUAUCCUUCAGUGCAACAUGAAGGCCUAAUCACUUACAUGCAACAUCGGUGUUUUUUAUAUCUAUGUAAUACACUUGUCAUUGGCAAAGGCCCACGAGGCUGCCAUACUAAAUAAAUAACUCUCAGUUUUGAGAAAUGGGCCCCUGGUAAUAUUGUCUUUGAUAAAGAUGAUCCUUUGUCAUACCAUACGUCUGUACGCGAGUAUUGAUUUAAACAUAAUUUUGAAUUGGACACUAUAGGUCAAAGGAGUAUUUUUCAAAUAAAUUAUUAAGUAAUGUUUAAACA